AUGUACACUACUAUUGCAUUCCCUCAGUUCCCUGAGCAAACAGCUUUCAUAAGUUACUUCUCAAACGUGCCAAAGGAUGUUCUUCUGGAAGUAAAAGCACAAUUAAUCGCCGCUAAUACCGAGUAUGAUUUUUGCUUCCUAAACACAAAACAUAUCAUAUCUCUUGAACAUUUGCAAAGCAGCAUUUAUAGAGCGGUUCUGAACCACACAUAUGCCUCCAUGAAGGCAAAGACAUUAAACACAGAAAUAAUUUUCAGUCUUUCCCCGGUCAACAACAUAAUGGAUGCAUUGAAACGGUUUGGAGUAGAUCAAGAUUGUUCCAAUCUUGUAGCCAUUAAAAUUGUUCCAACAAAGGAAAAUGUAGAUUUUGAAGAGAUACAUAAACAUUUGAUAAAGAUCUUGCCUGGAGCAAAGCCUGAAUCUCUUUCCGAUGAUGUAUUGUACACUACAGUAGAUAUCCCCAAGUUUAAAAAAUUGUACAAGUUAAAUGAUGCUGUGUUAAGUAAUGAUCCUAAGGGUAUCCAAACAGAACUCACCAGGUUGGCAGUAAGCACCUGUCAAUUGAGAGGUUUAUAG